GUCGCAGUCCGCGUGACCCGGCCCCCUUUUGCAUGUUCGCCCCCUUCGCCGGCGCAAUCACCGCGCAGGGCGGCCGCCGGCGAGGUAGCUGCCACGGCUUGUGACAACGAAUAACUCACCGGACAGCGGCGCCCUCGGCGACAGCUGGGUGGGCGGCUCCAGCAGCGGAACGUGCGCUACCGGGAGAAGCGAGCGGCGGAGGCUACCUCCGGCCCGGCCCCGCACCAGCCGCCCGGCAGGCGCGACAUGAGCCUGGUCUGGGAUAUGCGGGAUGCUCCUUGAGCCCCUUCUCCGGCUGUUACCUCCGGGGGACGGUUGUGGCCACACCGACACGUAUUUUCCAAAUAAAUCAUUGUUGAUUCUUGCGGCGGCGGGGCCGAAGACGCUAAUUUAUUUUUAAUUUUUUCAGCGAGACUUUACCCAGCACUCAUCCAGUGAAACAGCUUGAUAACCAUUUCAAGGGAGCAUCCGCUGGGUUAGGAAGUCUAGGACUGUGGAAGCCGGCAUUUGCAACGUCCCUCCUCAAACGCUCUGAAGAUUGUCUUCAGUUAGUCUUCCCGUAACUACCAGUGUGCCCAGAAUCCCAUUCAAGGAACGUCUUGGUCCAGCGAUGCAAAGAACUGACGUUUCAAGCUGGAAGAGCCUAUAUUGUCCUCAUAAUAGUAUAGAAGAAUUUAAGUUAGAAGAGAGAGGCAGCAGCGAAUGAAGACUAUUAAAGAAAAGAAGAAGGAACGUCAAAGACUGAGAAAAUCUGCCAAGACGAGGGUAACCCAAAGGAAGCCGUCUUCAGGGCCUGUUUGCCGGCUAUGCCUUCAAGAACCUGGGGAUCCCGAAAAACUGGGGGAAUUUCUUCAGAAAGACAAUCUCAGUGUGCAUUAUUUUUGUCUUAUCCUAUCUAGCAAGCUGCCUCAGAGAGGCCAUUCCAACAGAGGUUUCCAUGGAUUCCUGCCUGAAGACAUCAAAAAGGAGGCAGCCCGGGCUUCUAGGAAGAUCUGCUUUGUGUGCAAAAAAAAGGGAGCUGCUAUCAACUGCCAGAAGGAUCAAUGUGUCAGAAACUUCCAUCUUCCUUGUGGCCAAGAAAGGGGUUGCCUGUCACAAUUUUUUGGAGAGUACAAAUCAUUUUGCGAAAAACAUCGCCCAAAACAGAACAUCCAGCAGGGGAAGGCAGGGGAGGAAAGCUGUGUCUUAUGUUGUGAAGACUUAUCCCAAGCAAGUGUUGAAAACAUCCAGAGUCCGUGUUGUAGUCAAACCAUCUACCACCGCAAGUGCAUACAGAAAUACGCCCACACAUCAGCAAAGCAUUUCUUCAAAUGUCCACAGUGUAACAAUCGAGAAGAGUUUCCUCAAGAAAUGCUAAGAAUGGGAAUUCAUAUUCCAGACAGAGAUGCUGCCUGGGAACUCGAGCCAGGGGCUUUCUCGGAGUUGUAUCAGCGCUACCAGCAUUGUGAUGCCCCCAUCUGUCUGUAUGAAGGAGGCAGAGACAGCUCUGAGGACGAAGGGAGGUGGCGCCUCAUUCUGUGUGCUACAUGCGGAUCCCACGGGACCCACAGGGACUGUUCCUCCCUUAGAGCCAACAGUAAGAAAUGGGAGUGUGAGGAGUGUGCACCUUCUGCUGAAGCCACAGACCACACACCUGAAAACUCAGGUGCCGUCCCUUGCUUCAGCAGCACCUUCCACUCCCGGGGGCAUUUCUGCAGAGACACCAGCCUGGAAGAGAAUCCAGGCCCUUCUUGGACUGACUGGCCAGGACCUUCCUUACUAGAAAAACCAGAGUCCUCUGGUGGCAGGAGAGGCCACUCCUGGCAGUCCAAGGGUGUCAAAAUCACGAAGAGCACCAAAAAAUCCAAGUAACAGCUUCUGAGUAGUUGCUGCUGAGCACGUUUGACUAUGAAGCUUUGCUCCUCUAGUGGGUUUUGGGGAGAGAGCCCUUUGGGACUGUGAGACAAGGAAAGGGGGCCAGCAGUGAGAGUAUGAACCAAGGAAAGAGAAGUCCCCGGGAGAUGCCAACCUCAGAACGUGUUAGUGGUUACAAGAGCGCCUCUGCUCUUUCUGCCCAGAGAGCCCUCUUCUCUUCUCCCACCCUAGUCUGGUUCUCAUAUACCUCUCCCUACUUCACCCACGUUUGUUAUUAUGCAAAUAAAGGUUUUCUCUCCA